UUGGGUGACGGGAUGAGGUUUACGACGCAUCCACAGUGACGAGGACUAUUUGCUAAUCUUUGGAUCUUGAAACCUUGGAUAUUUUUGGAAAUCAUGCAGAAAUUCUGAAAUGAGAGUGUGAGAUGAUAUCACCUUCGGACGCGUGGAUAUACAUCACUGCCCCUUUGAUGAAUACGUGCAGAACGGGUCUCAGGAAUAGCUGCUGCUGCAUUCAUAAACACUUCUUUAGGACUCACAACAACCCCUGAGCUCUGUUUUGGGGUCACUAAACAUCAUAUUUUACCGCUGUGCACGUGGAUUGACCAUGGCUGAAAAGGGUGACAUGAACAUAGAUAGUUUGAGUGGAAUUGCCAGGCUUCGAGAAGAGCACAAAAAGGUGGUGAUAGACUGUGAAAGUCGGAUUCAGCACUGGAUGAAGGUGUCAGGUGACUAUGAAGCCCUAAAUGAUCGCCUCAAAACUCUUCCAGAUCAGCUGUCUUACGACAUCAUGGUGCCAUUUGGCCCUUUGGCCUUCAUGCCUGGGAAGCUGGUGCACACCAACGAGGUCACAGUGCUGCUGGGUGACAACUGGUUUGCUAAGUGCUCUGCCAAGCAAGCUCAAAAGAUUGUCGAUCACAGGAUGAAGCACGUGAAAAAAGAACUGGAUGAAUUGUCCAUGACGAUGAAAAGUUUUGAAGCAAGAGUUGGGUUUGCGAAGGAUUUGGAAACCAUGUUGGCCAGAAAAGGGGACUAUGUCGAUAUCAGAGAGGAGGUCGGAAACAAUGACUCCGUUGUCACCAAAGGAAAGCAAAGGAUAGCUCACAAACCAAAUUCUAAGCCUAAGGUGGAUGCUGUACUUGGUCUCAAAGAGGAGGAAGAGGAUGAAGGAGAGAGUGGAGAUGGGGGAAGCAGGAAAGGCAACAUGACUGAAGAGGAGUUGUGGGCUCGGUUGGACGAACUUGAGAGACUGGAGGAGCUACAAGAUGAACAGGACAGGUUAUCUGAUAAUACAGACAUGAAUGGGGAGGACACAUCGUCCUCAUCCUCAGAGGAAGAGAAGGAGGCAGAUGCAGCACCUCCGUUAAAUGGCCUGAGUUUGAAGCCAAGCUGGAGCUUAGUGUCUCAAAGUAAAUCGGCCCUCACAGACCAGAAGGAGGAAGAAGACUACGAGGACGACAACGGUUUGCCCACCAUUUUCUUCUCGCACACGGUCGAACCCAAAAAGGUGAGAAUAAACACAGGAAAAAACACCAUGUUAAAGUUUAGUGAGAGGAAAGAGCAGAAGGAGCAUUCAAAGAGGAAAAAGAAAAAUGGCCACAGUAAUGGACACUCCCAUCAUGAGCUCCACAGAAUCACAACUCCAGCUGACAUUUACAGGUUGUUUGUGGAUGUGAAGAACGGGGAGCCCAUCCCCAGAAAGUCCAUCCUGAAGUCACGUAGUCGGGAGAACAGCGUGUGCAGCGACACAAGCGAAAGCAGCACUGCUGACUUCGAAGAACGCAGAAUGAUUGGACGCAGCUUCAGCCACGAUGAGACCACGCACAGCGACACCAGCGAUGGCAUUACAGAGGAAGACAGUCCAACUGCGGUGCCAGUGCAAACCUCCAGCAGAUUUGAGGCAUUUUCUGGCACAGUGAUAGAAAAGGACCCGAUGCCUUCAGCUGUCCCUCAUCUGACCAUCGUUCCACCAGCUCUUCCAACCAUACUAGAGAGGAAACAGGAGGAGGUGGCGCCCGAUGUCCCCCCGCCACAGCAGCCACCAAAAAGGGUGUCUAAGUUCAAAGCAGCCAGGCUGCAGCAAAAGUGACUUUGAAAGAAAAAUUCUUCUUCAAGCCUUCCUUAAUAAAACCGCACCAUCUAGUCCUUUCUUUUGCUCGUCUUUCAUCUGCUUACACCUCUAAUCGCAAAGUUCCUUUCAUUCAUUAUGUGAAAAACGUACAGUAGCAACGUUAGAAAAACCACCCUCGUGUGUGCUUUUUAAACAAGCUGCAGACACAGUUUAACAUUGUUUUGUUCAGGUUUACACAGGUAUCAGCUUUCUGUUGUCUGUCAUAAGUUUGCCUGUCUGCUGCUCCCCCGUUGAUCCAUGCUGUUGCAAGGUGAGGUGAGACCGUAGGCUUUGCCGCAUAGAACGAGUUGCCUUCUUUUUCUUUUCUUAGAAUCAGGUGCUGUUAGAUGUAAUUUUACCUUCUUUUUUAACCUGCCUAAUGAAUGUAUGUAUUUUUGUGACCAGCUUUCUGUUAAGUAAAAAUACUGAUGAAAAUUACAUUGAAAAUAAAUGAUUUUUA